GUUGUGCGCUGCGAUUUGAUGACAUAACUUGGGCUAAAGUUCAGUUGUUGACUCGUCAAGUUCACCUCUUCUCGUGGUUAACUUCAGUGCUGUUACAUUUGCCUUUGGAAUUGUUUGAACCUCACUAAUAUCACGAGCAGUCUGUGACAGCGGAGCACAGUAGACUACAAACAUAAACCCCACAGGACAGGAGCACACGGGAGAAUCGCCAAACGUCCUCACGGCGUGGAGGCAUGACGGUGUGCGUAUGACAAGCCCAAGCAAUAAACGCCUGUUUCAGAGAACCGAUCUGUGUCUGUGUUGUUGUUAAGGGAGCUGCACCAGUACCAUAAUUAAAUAAUUAGCCCAAAAUCACACAAGAAGUGCCGCAAUGUUGACAGCCCCCCAGCCCUGACUAUCUAAGAAGACAAAGAAAAACUCCCAAAAAAACCCUUGUAGGGAAAAAAUGGAAGAAACCUUGGGAAAGGCAGUUCAAAAAGAGACCCCUUUCCAGAAUAUUACAAUGGUCUUAAUUUUUGUAUAUGGUACCUUGAAAAGAGGCCAGCCAAACCACUGUGAAAUGACAACAGCCAAAAAUGGGAAAGCAGAAUAUCAAGGAAGAGGACACACUGUUGUAAAGUUUCCACUGGUCAUAGCAGGAAAAUACAAUAUCCCAUUUUUAUUAAACGUACCAGGAUCUGGCCACCAUGUUAAAGGAGAAAUCUACUCGGUUGACAAUGAGAUGCUACAAUUUCUGGACAAAUUUGAAGAAUGUCCACAUCUGUACCAGCGUACUCUUGAGAAGGUCAAGAUAGAAGAAUGGGAAGGUGCCAGUGACCUUUCAGCUGAUUUGCCUGUUGGCAGCAUUGGAGAGUUCUUUAUCUAUACCACCAAGUUGUACAGUCCCGAAUACCUGAAGCUUGAUUGUCAUGAAAAUUAUGAUGCUUAUGGGGCACACGGCCUUACUUAUACGGAACGUAUCAACAGAAAUGUGGACUGGCCUUUUAAUAUAUAAGGCAUCCAAUAAUGAAAUAUGCAUUUUGUGUAACAUUUUAUAGUUAAAACUAAAUUAAUGAAUAGAAGGCCUAGGCAUAGCUACUGUAGGUGAAAAUGCACUGCUGCUUUUUUGAUUACAUUAUACUCGACUUAUUCCUUGUAUAUUUAGAAAGUAAAUGCACUGUGCACCAUCUGAGAGAAUGUGGAGGGUAUUCGUAAUGCACAGGGGACUUUGUUUACUUCAUUUAAUGAUUAUGGAAAAUUAACAGAUUUAUUCCCCUUAAUAAAAGGACACGUGUCUGUGUA